UGGGCAUCAGCCAUGUUUCCCCUAUCGUCCUUUUCCCCAGCAAAUACUUUUCGUAUGCAGGACUCUGGAGUAACAAAUGGUAUCUGUUUUAACCCAGGCCCCCACCAUGCCUCACAUAGACAAUGAUGUAAAGCUCGACUUCAAGGAUGUCCUACUGAGGCCCAAGCGCAGCACCCUCAAAUCUCGCAGUGAGGUAGAUCUCACAAGGUCCUUCGUGUUCCGGAAUUCAAAGCAGAUAUACACAGGGAUCCCCAUCAUUGCUGCCAACAUGGAUACUGUGGGCACUUUUGAGAUGGCCAAGGUGCUUUGUAAGUUUUCUUUGUUCACGGCCAUCCACAAACACUACAGUCUUGAACAGUGGAAGGAGUUUGCUAACCAGAAUCCUGACUGUUUAGAGCAUCUGGCUGCCAGCUCAGGAACAGGUGCUUCAGACUUUAAGCAACUAGAACAAAUCCUCGAAGCAAUUCCCCAGGUGAAAUACAUCUGCCUGGAUGUGGCCAAUGGCUACUCAGAGCAUUUUGUUGAAUUCCUGAAGGAUGUUAGAAAACGCUUCCCCCAGCACACAAUCAUGGCUGGGAAUGUGGUAACAGGAGAGAUGGUGGAGGAGCUGAUCCUGUCUGGAGCUGAUAUUAUCAAAGUAGGAAUUGGACCAGGCUCUGUGUGUACCACACGAAAGAAGACAGGAGUGGGCUACCCACAGCUCAGUGCUGUGAUGGAGUGUGCUGAUGCUGCCCAUGGGCUCAAAGGCCACAUCAUUUCUGAUGGAGGCUGCAGUUGUCCUGGAGAUGUGGCUAAGGCUUUUGGAGCAGGUGCUGACUUUGUGAUGCUGGGUGGCAUGCUGGCUGGCCACACUGAGUCAGGUGGUGAGCUGAUAGAGAGGAAUGGCAAGAAAUACAAGCUCUUCUAUGGCAUGAGCUCUGAAGUAGCCAUGAAGAAAUAUGCUGGGGGCAUUGCUGAGUACAGGGCCUCAGAAGGCAAAACAGUAGAGGUGCCCUUCAAAGGUGAGGUAGAACAUACCAUCAGGGACAUCCUGGGAGGAAUCCGUUCCACGUGCACUUAUGUUGGGGCAGCCAAGCUAAAGGAGCUCAGCCGACGCACUACUUUCAUCCGGGUCACUCAGCAGGUGAACCCCAUCUUCAGCGAGGAGGGCUAAGGGCCUGAGCAUACUGCCUAGCAGUGGCACCAGUGUCCAAAGCAGGGGCCACCUUGGAUUAUCUGGACCAGUGAUUGUUUUUUUUGUUUGUUUUUGUCUGCUGAGGGCACCAUAAGGCCUUCAUGUUUCACUAUUCAUACAAAAAAGCUCAGGGUAGUGGGUCUAACACUCACUGGAGAGGAUUAUCAAAUAAAUAGCAAGACUGGAGUCAGGAUAAACAA